AUGAUUGUUGUGUAUACUCAGCAUGGUUACCCUUCUGAAGCAUUGGAUUUAUGCAAUAGCUUGUUAAGAACCGAUCUUAAACCAAAUGAAGCUAUCAUUACCAGCAUACUCUCUGCUUGCGCUGAUUUGGGGUCGCUGAGCAUUAGGAAUGAGAUUGAACUUUAUGUGAUCAACAGGAUAGACAAGGCAGAAGUACUUGGAGGAGUGUUAUAUAAAGAUUUAGCUGUUUGGAUUCCAAGUCAUUCAAGGUUGGUGGAGGAUGGAUUGAAGUACUUCAAAAGCAUGAAAGAUAAUUUCGGAAUAAAGCCCGGUAUAGAGCAUUAUACUUGCUUGGUCGAUCUUCUUGGUAGAGUGGGUCACUUCAACUUGGCUUUGAAAAUUGAAAACCAUCCAAGAGAUGCCUAUGCAAGUACAAGCUCAAGCUUGGGCUCCAUUGCUUAG